AUUUACGGCCGUUCCUGUUCUACACGCUAGAAACACAAUCGGCUUCGAAUUGCCUAGCAUUUCCCGUAAAUAUGGAACGCCUGAAAAGGAUGAACUGGAAAUGGAAGUGGAAUCGAGAGGGCGAAGGAAAUGGACAAUUCAAGAAGGAAGAAACGAAAACCGAAAACGAGCUGUGGCUGGAGUACUUUUCUGGGCAUCUGCAUGUCUGGCCCUUCGAGGAGCUCUGCUCUAGGCUGGAAACGAAUCCUUCUCUGGGCCUGAGCGAAGAAGUGGCGGAGCAGCGCCUGGCCCGGAACGGAAAGAACACAUUUUGCUUGCCUGCCCAGCUGAAUUCGCCUUUGUGGAAACUCUUGGACAACUGCUUCUGGUGCUUGGCGAUCAUCAUCCUGCUGAUUGCGUCGAUCUGCUUCGUCUUGCACCACGGCGAGGUCGAGCGUCACCCAACCACGAACGUCGACCCGGAGUACCUGAUAGCGGGCAUAUUUAUACUCCUAAUUUUGCUUCUAUCGGCAGGGAUGAUUCUUCUGCAGCGGAACGACGAUUCUGCGGUGGUAGAGGCUUUCGAGGAUCUGAUGCCCAUGUACUGCACUGUAAUUCGGGACGGGGAGAAGCAGGUCAUCCUAUCCGAGAACGUGGUUCAGGGCGACGUCCUGCCGAUAGCCUACGGACAGCGACUGCCAGCUGAUUUGCGCUUUUUUAGCUCCAUCGGCCUGGAGGUCAACAACGUGGCCCUCACGGGGCUCUCCCGUCCCGUGGAGAUCAAUCAUCUGGUGAGGGAAGGGGUGCCCAGGCGCCCUGACGUAGUAGUCCCAGUCGCUUGACAGCUCUCUGUAUCCAACAUUAUUGAAUUUAGAAAAUAAAAUAAGUGAGAAAUGA